AUGCCGCAGCCUAGUUUCAAGAAAGCGCCAACCCCGGUGCGAACUACGGCUCCCUUUGCUCCGCACGAGGCGAUGGCCGCAUCACAACAAGGUCACAUAGAGAAUCUAGUACAGAAGACUCGGACCCUGGAACACACCAUCAAGAAGCUGAAUGAUGAACUCGGUCUUGAACAAACUCGCGCGAAGGACGCCGUCAAUGUCAUAAAACAACAAUGGCGAGCAGAGCAAAAGGAGUGGCACGCUGGUUGUGAUGCUUUACAGGCGUGUCAUAGGAUUGCUCAUCUCAGGACGGCAUGCGCUUUGGACGACGAACGAAUCGCAGUGCUCAAGGAGCGCGAAAUUGCACGGCGCGAGAGGCUUGCGCGUAUACAAAGGGAUUAUAAGAUAACCAUGUUCCAGGCUAGAGAGGCAGAACUGGAGAGUCAAAUAGAGGACCUCCACGCAGAGCUCGACUCUCGAGUGGCUCAAACGGAGUAUUCGCUUAAAUCUCGGGAUGAGCAGUACCAGAAGACUAUCCUCGACUUACGAGCAAGAGACGCGACGCUUUCAUCCGAGUUGAAGCUGAAGUCGGACGAAAUUUCAGCAGCCAAUAAGCAACGCGAAGAUGUCGAGGAUGAACUGCGCCGAUUUCGAGAAGCGCAAGCAGAUGCAGAUGCGACUACUGUUACAAAUGUGUCCAAACUGGCCCGAAUAACCGUACAACGUGAUGGACUACAAGCCAGGGUGACUCAGCUCGAGCGGGAGCUUGAGGAACACAAAGAUAAUAAUGCUAAGUUGCAACGUCAACUUGACAAUUGGCAGGGCUUGAAGAAAGGUGAUGACGUGGACCUAGAGAUAUUGCGGAAGAAGAAAGUCGAGUUGGAAGUUCAAUUAAGGGAAGCGAAUGCAGAGAUCGAACGACUUGAUAAAGCACUCGAGAAGGAGAAAGGUCGCACUACUAAACUUAAGGAUGUCCUCCAUGAGUGGAAGACCGAAGCCGAGGAGCAGAAGACAUGUCGGAAACAGGCUGAUGAUGAGGCUACAGAUGCGAAAAAGGCAGCGGAAAAACUUGAGCAAGAGAUAUCAGAUCUAAAGGCUCAACUGGCUGCUGCGGCCAAAACAUCCGCUGCUCCAAAGAGCAAGGGACCAUCUCCUCCUAUCCCUUUGGAUUCAGAGGAGGAGGUUAAUCAAACUCGCCCGAAACCAAAACCAAAACCAAAACCAGUCAAGCGCUCGAAGCCAGCUGACAGUGACGUCGAGUUAAUCGAACCUUCCGCCAAAGCAAUAGGAAAACGGAAGGAAUCUCAGGAAGACAGUGCCGAUGAAAAACCUGCAGCAGAGAAACCAAAGCGUCCACGAGCAAAGAGAGCUGCCCCCGCGCCAAAGGAGAAGGCACCAAAGAAACCUACCCCGGAAUCCAAAGCCAAGAACGAGAAGAAAGCUGCUGAAUCAUCACAAACAAAGACAUCAAAAUCUAUCGCGGCCGCAGAUAGUGCUGCAGAAGACGACCAAGAUUCAGCACCUAAGAAAAAGAAGCGGAAGCUCAAUGUAGGCAUAUUCCCUUCCACGCAACAACAGCCUCCGUUGUUUCAAUGGGAUCAGCAGGGUGGACUCGGCCUAGGCAUACCUACCGAGCUGUCGCCGGUGAAAGAUGCCCAUGCAGUCCCGCGACGGUUACAUCCAUCAAGCUCAGGACCAAGUUUCGCCAAAACUCGCGGAUAA